AUGCGAUUCUUCUCCGCCGACUCUGGGAGAAUAGGCCAACGACGCCUCCAAGGAGUCGUCUCAGCAGUUUUCUGCCUCGCCGCCGUCACCACCACAGCAGCAGCCUUUGUCCUGCCAGAAUCUACCCAUCGAGACGUCGCACCUGUGGUCGCGAACGACGGCUGGUUGAACCUGACGGUCAUCCAUACUAACGACGUUCACGCCAGAGUGGACCCUGCCAACGAAUUCGGAGUCAGCUGUACCGACCAGGACAGAGCUAGUGGUAAUUGCUAUGGAGGCACUGCUCGUCACAAGACCGUUAUUGACCGUCUUCGUAAGGCGAAUCAGCAUUCCUUGCUCCUGGAUGGCGGUGACGAGUUCCAAGGUACUCUCUUUUACACCUACUACAAGGGAAAUGUCACUGCGCAGGUGAUGAAUGAGUUGGGAUACGACCUCGGGACUAUCGGCAAUCACGAGUGGGACAAUGGUCCAGACAACCUGGGUCGCUACUGGCCCAAACUCAACUUCCCCAUCGUGUGCGCCAACAUUGACUUCACAAAGAACCCUGAGCUUGGCAAGUUGGUCAAGCCCUAUCAUAUCUUUGAGGACCUAGGAGUCGCUGUUAUUGGAUACAUCACCAACACUACGGGCGAUAUUUCGAAUGCUGGCCCCUCUGUCUCGUUCACGGACCCCAUCCCCGCUGUUCAAAAGUACGUCGAUGAGCUCGAAGCGAAGGGUAUCAAGCGCAUCUUGGCCUUGUCGCAUAACGGCUAUGAACCCGACAUGGAAUUGGCUGCCGGCACCCACGGUGUCGACCUGAUUGUGGGCGGACACAGUCAUUCGUACCUCGGAGACCCCUCGAACCCUCUCUCGCAAGGCCCCUACCCAACCAUCAUCAAGAACUUGAAGGGCGAAAACACUUUGAUUGUUCAGGCAUUCUGCUGGGGCAGGUACAUUGGUCACCUGGACAUCGUAUUCAACCCUGAGGGCAAGAUUGUGAGCUGGAAGGGCGAACCCAUCCUGGUGGAGAACUCUAUCCCUGCAGAUCCUCGCCUUCUGAAAGAGAUUGACGGAUGGAGACAUGAGUUUGAAGAGUGGGGCCAGACUGUCUUGGGAGAGGCUUCGGACUCGUUUGAUCAGGGCACCUGCAAGCAGCGAGAGUGCACCAUGGGUAACCUUGUCGCCGAUGCCAUGCUUCAGGUUGCACGGACACCUACCUCGGGGGGCAGCGCCAAUAGUCGCCCCUGGACAGACUUUGCGUUCAUCAACAGUGGUGGAAUCCGAUCUGGCUUGCCCGCUGGAAACGUCACGAUCGAGAUGAUCAUGACGACUUCGCCCUUUGGAAACGGCUUGGUCCAGACCCAGUUCACUGGCUCCGAGAUCCUGAACAUCCUCGAGGCGGUCUCGGCAGGUCGGUACAGGAAGUCCCAGCGACUGGUCACCUCCAACAUCCAGAUCAGUGGCCUCCGGUUCGUCCAUGACUCGUCCCGUCCUUUAGACCAGCCCCAUCUGAUCAAGGCCGAGUACCAGGACCAUAAACUUGUCUGGCAUGAAAUCAAGAAGACUGCCGUCUACAAUGUCUGCACUCUGGAUUUCGUCCUCAGCGGCGGAGACAACAUUGUCGAGGUCAAGGAUGGACGGCACGAGAUCGAAUUGGAGCUGUUGGACAAGGCCCUGAUGGACUAUAUCGAGUCCAAGGGUAAGAUCUCGCCUUACUUGGACGGCCGCAUCAAGGACCUGGCCCCUCCCAGGAACUCCGAGAAUGGUGCCGCUGGCUUGGAUGCCGAGAAGCGUGCCAAGUUGCCGAUGAUGGACUCUUCCUCGUUGUGGCCUAUUGGAACCCCCGAGCAUGUCAAGGCGCAAUACCCUGGCGGAUUCCAGGCUAUGGUCGCGUCAUUUGCUCGUCUCCAACACACUGGUGCUCCCAUGAAGGGUCCUUUGUCCGACAAUGCCUUUACUGGAGAUGCCGAGUCACGACAGGAGGUUUGGGCGUAG